AUGACACAACUGAAGUGCAAGGCACCGGGUGUUUUUGAAGUGGAUAAUUUUACGACACUAUCAGCACAGAUUGAUGCCAUGCGCACUGAAAUCAAGAAGUUAACUGCUGCACAAGCUCAACCACAGGUGCAAGCAGUGCAACAAGCCAACCUCUUUUGUGAAGUUUGUGGAGAAGGUCACACCAGUGAUAUAUGCCCUGCAAAUCCCACAUCUAUAUACUUCGUGUGUAAUGCAGUCAAGGGGCGAGGAAAUAACAAUCAAUAUGGGAAUUCUUACAACCCAAAUUGGAGGAAUCACCUGAAUUUCAGUAUGGUAGAGAUGAUGAAAAAGAUGAUGAGUGAUAUGCAGAAAAUGAUAAUAGACCAGCAAAAGUUGAUAGCAGAUAAUCAAAACCAUGAUUUGGCGGUGUGGAAUUUAGAAAGGCAAAUGGGUCAGAUGGCUGGUGCACAAAACACUAGACCACCUGGGGCACUUCCAAGUGAUACUGAUGUGAAUCCAAAGCCAUACAAUGCUGUUACUCUUCGAAAUGGGAGUGAAUUAGAGGAAGUGACUCCAAAGAAGACGAGUCUAGUAAGAGCUGAAAAAGAGAAGAUUGCAGAAGAGAUGAUUAAAGAAGAGAGGGUAGUCGAGACACCAGUGGUAAAGCAGCCACUGCCCGAGGUUGCAAAGCCAUCCCCUCCGUUCCCUCAAUGUUUGGCAAGACAGAAAGAAAAGUCUACAUACAAGAAGUUUCUUGAUUUGCUUAAGCAGGGUAUUCCAAAGUAUGCUAAGUACAUCAAAGAUAUUAUUGCAAACAAGAGCCGAUUCACAGAGUAUGCCACGGUUGCACUUACUGAAGAGUGCACUUCUCGUAUUCAGAAUAGGUUGCCCACAAAACUAAAGGAUCCUGGAUGUUUCACGAUUGAGAUUUCUAUUGGGAAGGAGGUUAUUGCUCGAGCAUGA